UGCCAAACCGUACUCUACUGCGGCCGCGAGCACCAGAGCGAGCACUUCGCCUCGCACAAAUCGGCCUGCAAACGCGUCAAGAAGAUGCGCGACCGAAUGGCGGAGGAGGCGGCCAAGGUCCGCAGCGCCACUGAAGACGACUGGACGCCCGCGAACGCCUUCGAGACGCACGUCGGUCUCUUCUGGGGGAUUCAGAGCACGCGCCCGUACAUGCGCGCCAAGCUGGAGGUGAUCAGGGCACUGUCCACCAUUGCCUCACGUCCGGCGAUCGAGGCGGCGCUGGCCGAAUGUAUGGACUGCAUGAAACUGUGCCGUCGCGACAACCUCGGCUUCCGUGAGAUCAUCCCGACGCUCAUGCUGUUGCUGGACCGGUACCAAGAGGCCUACGACUUUAUCAAGUGGUUUGAGACUCAGGGCAAGGAUCCCAAGUUCGACUGGGGCGAAGUGGAGCUCCCGUUCCUGAACGUGCGCGGCUCCGACAUGACGGAGGAGAUACCGAGCUCCAUGCAGAGAGACCGCAACGUCUUCUUCUCGAGCUCGCUCGUGUACGUCAAGAUGAUGCUGGCCAAGGCCGUCAAGGACGCCAUCAACGCGCACGAGCUGGCGGAUCGCGCGUCGCUUCCUGCGGUUAUUACCGACUCGCUAGGGGCAUUCCUAGCUCCAAACGGGGGGACGCGAAGCCUCGCGGAGCUCAAGAAACUCCACAAGAAGCUCACGAGUCAGAUGCACGAGGCGUUCGCGCUUUCACACUUCCAGAACCAGCACUUCUGGUACGCGUUGCUGGACCCAACGCCUAUCGUUCAGGCGCCAAAGCCGCCCCACUACGAGCCUGGUGAUGUGAACCAGGUCAAGCUGUGGGUGCUGCAGAACGCCAUGCUGUGGCGCGACCACCACGAGUUUAUCCGUGAUAAGCGU